UUUUUUCUUUCACAUAAAAAAUAAUAUGGCCGACUUUUAUAGAUCCCGCAAGAAGCGUAACUUUGAGAAUAAGGAUGCGUCCGGACCUGAUUAUGGAAAGGACAGACCUAGCAAAAGAUACAUGCCAACACAAGAUGUCAAAAAGGCUAAAGAGAUUUUAUCGUGUAAGCCUAGAAAGUCCACCACGUCCUUAGCCAUUCCCAGUAGUAUUAUUGACAGCGCACCCACUAUUGAAAUGAAGACGAUUCUUGCUGGACAGAUCGCUCGAGCACUUGUUAUUUUCUCAGCCGAUGAGAUUGUAGUCUAUGAAGACAAAGUACAAACCACACAACAAAAGAUCAAUCCCAAUUUAUUCUUAGCCCGUGUAUUUCAAUACAUGGAAACACCUCAAUAUCUUCGUAAACAACUUGUGCCCAUCAGUCCCGAUUUGAAAUUUGCAGGAUUAUUACCUCCUUUGGAUGUACCUCAUCAUCCUGGUAUGGAGGAAUUAACCACUUACCGUGAAGGUGUCACGCUCGAUAAAUCCAACAACAAUGGAGAAACAGACAGCACUUUAGUAGACAUUGGAUUAUUUAGACGUGCUCGCAUUGAUCGUGCUGUUCAACCCGGUGUGCGUGUGACUGUCGAAUUAAGCGAACCCAUCUCUGCUGCUGAUACUCGUAAAGGUCAAAAGCCCAUUCCUGCCAAGGUAGUGAGUCCCAAAGUCCCACGUGAAAAGACAGGUCUUUACUGGGGUUAUAACAUUCGAUUAGCUUCUUCCUUUUCUCGUGUCUUGACAGAGUGUCCCUAUGAAGACGGCUAUGAUUUCACCAUUGGUGUGAGUGAUCGUGAUGGAAAGGAUAUGUAUAACUGUGAUAUUGAAAACCAAGUCAAACCCUAUGAGCAUUUAUUGGUUGCCUUUGGUGGACCCGUGGGUGGACUUCAAGAAGCCAUCGAGGCAGAUCAAGAUUUGAAGGUGGGAGGUGAUGAAGCUGCCGAAUUAUUCGACUUGUUUAUUGAUCCCAACGCAAAGAGUGGUACCAGAACAGUUCGUUUAGAAGAAUCCAUGAUGAUGGUCAUGUCUGUAUUAAAACCCAUCAUUAUGAAUAAAGGAAAAUAAAAAAAAA